AGUGCUAAAGGAGGCAGCUGGUCAACAAGCGCGCUGUGCCGCCAAUUCCGAAUUAAUUAAAUCACUUUAAUUGAAAACACAGCGAAUCCGCAUCAGGUGCCAAAGGCCCAAAAGAGCUCUAACAAUUCGUCAGUUGUUCGUUCGCGAGUCGCACGGGUGUCGCGAGGCGAGUGUGGGUCAAGUGUAUGUGUGUGUGUCUGCUACACAACGUUGCAAAAAAUUUAUGACCAAAGCGGCAUUAAUAUCACAGAUACGCGGCUCGUUUCAACAUCAUUUCGCUGUGUGAAAGAACUCCAAAAAUUGGGUCUCGCUUGCAAAACGAAAGCAAAAGAAAAAAAAUCAACGGGUAUACAUUUCGUUGUCGUCGCCGUCGCAGUCGCCGUCCUCGUCGUCGUCGUUGUGACUGCGGGCGCCGCUGCCCCAUUCGAAUUGUGUGUGUUGUCCUACAGCACAAACACACACACACAUAACGCACACACACGUACACGGCAAUUGUGUUUACUGUAGAGUGGCCGCUGCCUCGGCCUGCGUCAUUCAAAAAUUCACAUACAUAUGUACGAUACAUAUACUAGAUCUGUGCGUGUAGCCUGUGUCUGUGUCUAUAUGUGUCUGCAUGCAUAUGAAUGUAUGUAAAUUACGUGCAUGUAAAAUGCGAUUGGAAUUUUGUCAACGCAACGCCCGCAUCUAAAUUAGCAACAUUAACAGCAACAGUGACAGCAACAACAUCCACAGCAGGAGCGAGCAGAACAACAACAAUAAGCCAUUUAUUUGCGUCUCAGCACUGCUGAAUGUGUGUGACGUGCGAAGAAAAUAAAAGGCAGAAGAAGGCAUAACAAGAAAAAUCAAUAGGAAUCUGUCGUAGUCGAGUCGAGUCGAGUGAAGUGCAGCGCAAAAUUUCCCUUUGUGCCAAAAAGUAGCUAGAGAGUGGCGAGUAAUGUGUAAUGGAGACCUUUUUGCCAGCGACGGCAACAUGAUGUGAAACAUGGCAAUCGAAUCAGCCAAAGCCAUUUAGAGUCAUCAAUUGGCGGGGUCGCGACCACCGCCGUGUGGCAAGGACGCAGCGGGACAAAUGCACAGCAUGGUGGCAGCAAAAUGUAGAAGCAGCAACAGCAACAGCAGUUGGAUCUGGAGCUGGAGCUGUUGGAGGAGCAGAAGCAGGAGCAGAAGUAGAGGAGUGCGACUGCCAGCCUGGUGGCAGCUGUUGUGGGCCUUGUGCUUCGCCUGCCUCAUCGGCUGGGUGUGGGGCGAUGACUGGUCACAGAGCUGCGCUUCGAACUGCACCUGCAAGUGGACCAAUGGCAAAAAGUCGGCCAUCUGCAGUUCGCUGCAAUUGACCAGCAUACCAACAACGCUGAGCACUGAGCUACAGGUGCUGGUCCUCAAUGAUAAUCACAUACCAUAUCUGAAUCGAGAGGAGUUCUCGGCAUUGGGUCUGCUCAAUUUGCAGCGCAUUUAUUUAAAGAAAUCCGAGGUCCAAUACAUACACAAGGAGAGUUUUCGCAAUUUGAAGAUACUCGUCGAGAUUGAUCUGUCCGACAACAAGCUGGAGAUGCUCGACAAGGACACGUUCAUGGGCAACGAUCGUCUGCGCAUUCUCUAUCUCAAUGGCAACCCACUCAAACGUCUCUCGGCGUAUCAAUUUCCCAUCUUGCCCCAUUUGCGCACUCUCGACAUGCACGAUUGUUUGAUCUCCUCGAUUGAUGCCAUGUCGCUGGCCAAUCUCAAUCAGCUGGAGUUUCUCAAUCUCAAGAACAAUCUUCUUGAGAGCCUCAGCGAAUAUGUGUUCCAGCACAUGACCAAUCUAAAGACACUCUCCCUGGAGGAGAAUCCCUGGCAAUGCAAUUGCAAACUGCGUAAAUUUCGCACCUGGUAUGUGAGCAGUCGCCUCAGUUCGGUGAGUCUCGUGUGCAAGGGUCCGCCAUCGCAAAAGGAUCGCACCUGGGACAGCGUAGACGAGGAGUUGUUCGGUUGCCAGCCGCGUGUGGAGAUCUUCAACAACGAGGAGGCAACCAACAUUGACAUUGGCAGCAACACAACCUUCAGUUGCUUGGUCUAUGGAGAUCCGCUGCCCGAAGUGAGUUGGGAGCUGAACGGGAAGAUACUCGAUAAUGAUAAUGUGCUCUUCGAUGCGGAGAGCAUCACAUCGGACAAGAUGUGGAGCAAUCUUACCGUGUUCAAUGUGAGCAGUCUCGAUGCUGGCACUUAUGCUUGCACUGGCAGCAAUCUUGUGGGUUCGAUGACGCAGAACAUUAGCAUUUACCUCAGCGAAAUUGUGCAGCAUGUGUUGGUCAAGACACCGGAGACGUUUUGGUACUUUGGCUUGAUCAUGGGCAUCUUUGGCACCGUCUUUCUGCUCAUUGCCAUCUCGUUUGUGGUGUGUUUGUGCAAGCGCACUACGAGGCAGCAUCGACAUGCCAACAAGGCGGGCGUCAAGUCGAGCGUCAGCUUCAACGAUCAGGAGAAGAAGCUACUCGACUCGAGUGUGACGACAACAACCAACGAUCGCGGCGAUAGCUAUGGCAUCGACAACAAUCCCAGCUCCAUUAACAAAACGGAUUCAUCGCUGGGCUUCAAUCAGAUCGAAAUACAUGCGGUGGAGAAUCAUCGCUCUGGCUUAGGAUUGGCCAUGAGUCAGCAUCAGCAGCAUCAGCAGCAGCAACAGCAGCAACAACAACAGCAGCAGCAGCAACAAGCUGGCAACAAUCAGGCGGCAGCUGCGCAGCAUAUGCGACAACAGCUGAUGACUGUCAAGGAUCCCACCUGUGGCCUAAUCAGCGUGCCCACCUCGAUGGCUGGCUACCAGCAUCAGCAUCAGCAUCAGCUGCAACAUUCCCAUGCGCAUCCCCAUCAGCUGCAGCACUCGCAUUCGCAUCAACAUCCCGGACAACUGUCCGAGGAGUUCCCGCUGAACGUGGGCGUCUUUCCACCGCCGCCGGAGUUCUGCUCCAACAUUGUGCCGAACCCGAGUUUUGGCAACAUUUUCAUACGCGUCUCGGUGACGCAAGACAUGUUGGAUGGCGCCGACAUCAACAUGUAUCCCGAUCUGCUGAAUAUACCCAAGCGACUGCAGGAUGUGCAGUGCACAGCUGGCGGCGAUGCUGCCGCCGGAGCGGGCAACUCCUCCACCUCGGGCGAUGGCCAAACUGUGGCACAGUUUGCCACCUUGCCACGCCACACCACACGCCGUGGCAUACUCAAAAAAGAUCCCUCACUGCAGCAGGCAGCAGCAGCGGCAGCAGCAGCGAAUCUCUAUCCACACGACGAGAUUGUCACCUACAACAUGGAGACGGGUGGCUACCACAGUGGGGCCGGUGGCAUGGAGCUGCCGCCCCCUCCACCACCACCCGCUGUCACUGCAGUGGUGCAGUGCCAUCAUCCCACAACAGCAGCGCCAGUCUCGUCGGCGAAUUGCGCCAGCUGCAUCAACAAUGCGCCAUCCUCCUCCGCCUGCAGCACGCCACCGAUUGUGGAGGCGACGCCACUGCGACCGCUGUGCAAGAGCAGCACUGGCGGCGGCGUUGGCGGCGGUGGCGUCGACAGCUCCGCCUAUCCCAAGUACGACAACAUGGGCAGGCGCAUCACGGCCAGCGGUGGCCUGGGCAACUCCACGUUGUCGCUGCCCGAUGAGAACGAGACGCUGUUCAACGAGUCGGAGGAGCAAACGCAUCAGCCAUCAACUGAAGACGAAUCCUCGCCAGAUCACGAGCUGCAGACGACGGAGCCAGCGCCUGGAGUGGACAAAGGAGGUGGCGGCGGUGCUGGAGAGUUUGUGUCCCUCUAGUAUUACGGCACGCAGGUGUAAAUAGCGAGAAAAAGAGAGAGAGAGAGUAGCGCCACCUGCCGGUCAAUAGAUUGUGCUACCCAAUCAACCCAAUAAUAAAGCAAAGCGAAGUUAGAUAGAAGAAGGGAUAAAGAGAAGAGAAUGAGAAAGACGUCCCCAAUUUGGCAAUCCUUUUGUUCAUAUCAUGUACUAGAUAAAAGGGAACUCAAUAAAUUGUGUUCUUGCAAACCUGACACAAUCUAUUGACUGCCGCGAUCCAAGAGCAAUUUAAGCAGCAUUAGAAAAACCAAUCCCCAGAAAAAUGAGAAUAUGAGAAUGUUAUGUUAACACACAAAAAAAAAAUGCAGCAAGGAUUAUUAAUGAUGAUUUUAUUCAACUCUUAUGCUCAUAAGUAUUUUGUAGAUUAAUUAGUCGUAUAAUCGUACAUAGCAAAAAAUCCAUGGUAUCCCAAUUCCUAAACUCACAAACACAUGCUAAAUCAAAAAUAAAUAUAUAUAUAAAGUA